AUGACUAACACAAGACGUGAACGCGCAAUUGCCCUUUGUCCUGUUGAGAUUACCAAUCAGCAGCUUAUGGAAAUACUUUCUACUGUGAGAGCUAAUAUGUCUACCAUAAAAGGACAGAUCGGCAAUGUUGAGCAAACUUUGACCAACAUGAAUGGCAGAAUUAACAUUCUUGCCACCACCAGCAUCAACAUUAUCAGUGCCAUAGAUAGUUUGGUCAGAGCUCCCCUUGCUGCUCCUGUGAGAGCCAAACUCACUCUUGCUGCACCUGUUGUCAUCUCCAACCAUGAGCCUACCCGUAAAGAAUCUAAUGCAGUUUAUGUGAGUAACAUACACCUGGCUUAG